CACAUUUUCUUUUUUAGUUUGAGUGAGACAUUUAAACGGUGAUAAGUAAUAGAAACAGAACACACACACAAGAGACAGAGACACUCAAUACGAUCCCUAGCCGCCGCCGCCCGCAGCUGCAGCUCCGCCUCUUCUACAGCCAUGGCCAUGGCGUGCUCUCAGUUCGCCUACUGCUUGACAUCAACCCUUCAAAAUCCGCGGUUCUUCACCGUCAGCUGCCGCUCCGUUUCCACCGAGAAUGGGUUAGGGUUGGCGGAGCGGCCGUGGAAGGUGGCAGACGCCAGGCUGGUGCUGGAGGACGGCUCCGUCUGGAAGGCUAAGUCAUUCGGUGCUUCUGGAACUCAAGUUGGCGAAGUCGUUUUCAAUACAUCCUUGACUGGGUACCAGGAGAUCCUUACAGAUCCUAGUUAUGCUGGGCAAUUUGUUCUGAUGACUAAUCCGCACAUUGGAAAUACUGGUGUUAAUUUUGAUGAUGAAGAAUCAAGGCAAUGCUUUCUAGCUGGACUGGUCAUCCGAAGUUUGAGUAUUAGCACCUCCAACUGGAGAUGCGAGGAAACGCUUGGAGAUUAUUUGGCUUCUAGGAACAUAAUGGGAAUAUAUGACGUUGACACUCGUGCUAUCACCCGUAGAUUGAGACAAGAUGGCAGCCUUAUUGGCGUAUUGAGCACAGAAGAAUCUAAAACAGAUGAUGAACUGCUGAAUAUGUCUCGGACUUGGGAUAUAGUUGGAGUGGAUUUGAUAAGCGGUGUCUCAUGUGAAGCUCCUUAUGAAUGGGUUGACAAAACUGGUUCUGAAUGGGAAUUUAAUUCCAAUGGAAGAAACCAGGAGACGUUUCAUGUUGUUGCAUAUGAUUUUGGCAUCAAAAGUAAUAUACUCCGACGUCUGGCAUCCUAUGGCUGUAAAAUCACUGUGGUUCCUUCAACAUGGCCAGCAUCCGAGACCCUAAAGAUGAACCCGGAUGGUGUAUUUCUCAGCAAUGGCCCGGGAGACCCCUCAGCAGUUCCUUAUGCUGUUGAAACUGUCAAGGAAAUAAUUGGAAAAGUUCCUGUUUUUGGCAUCUGUAUGGGCCAUCAGUUGCUUGGUCAAGCAUUAGGGGGUAAAACCUUCAAGAUGAAGUUCGGUCACCAUGGAGGAAACCACCCUGUUCGUAAUAUUCGAAAUGGCCGCGUUGAGAUCAGUGCUCAGAAUCACAACUAUGCUGUUGAUCCGGAAUCACUUCCUAAAGGAGUUGAGGUUACUCAUGUCAAUCUGAAUGAUGGAAGCUGUGCUGGGCUUGCGUUUCCUCAGCAGAAGCUCAUGUCACUACAGUAUCAUCCUGAAGCUUCCCCUGGACCCCACGAUUCGGAUCCUGUAUUUGGUGAAUUUUUACAUCUCAUGAAGCAAGAAAAGGCCAGAGUAUGACAAAAUUAGGCGUCAUUAUCUUUCUGCAGUUGGGUAACUGCAAUGGCCCUUGGUUAGAGAUGGAGAAGAAAAUAUAUUUUGUUCAAUUUCACUGUGUGGUUCAUUUCUGUGCUUAUUUAGCCUUCAUAUUAUUGACUAGAGAAUUUUGUUUUAUUUUUUUUUUUCCUUUUUGGCACGUGUCAUUGCUGUUUAUUUUAACGUACGUGUAUGAUGUAUCAUCACCUGGGCUUGUUAUAUUUUGAUAUGUUAGGUGUUCAAAUUAUAUAUUUUGCUUUCA